AUGCUGGACAACUUCUGCGCCAGGCUCUCUGCCAUUCAAGAAUGGACAUCCCAGAAUGUCUUGGAGAUCAUGGAUAAGGCUUCAAGCUACACCUCAGAGAGAGUUAGCAAUUUGGCAGCUUACUUGACAGAAGAGGAGUGGAGCAAGCUCAGCCAAUGUAGCAACCAUGAAGCAAUGCAAGUGCUGGCCCAGAGAAUGAAGCACCUUGGUAUGGUGAGCUUGAAGGAGUCCAGCAAAAGGGAUGCAAUAGCUUUGCUCUUGCAUAUGCAAGUGGAUGCGCAGCAGAAGCCAGAGCCUUCUAGCAAGAUGGUGAAGUCUUUGGUGAAUGACUUUGCAGACCUUUCAAGAGAAUGCCUGCUCCACCAG